AACACAGCUGACCUCUGACCCCUCAGAGCAGCCAAUCACAGCACAGGACAGAGCCUCACUGGAUCAGGUCUGACUGGAGACCUGGAGACCGUCACCACCGGACCCAGAGGACCAGCGCUGGAUUCUGAUCUGAGACCAGGGUCCGAUCAGAGGUCUUCCUGAUGGACGUGUCAGAUGACGAGGAAGUGGGAGGAGCUCAGGGGGUGGAGCUCAGGCUUGUGACAUCAGAGGAGGAAGAAGAGGUGGGGCCUGUCAGUGACAUCACAGCUUUGAUGCUGAGGUAUCGCCUUGGUUACCGGAGAGCCUGCGCACUGCUGUGUGUGGGCGGAGUCGUCCUGUUCACCACUGCAUUUUUAUUGGCCUACGCCAUGUUCAGUGGGCGGUGCCACCUCUCCCAGGGCUGCGGGCAGGAGUACGGGCAGCAGGAGGGCGGGGCUAACUCACCUACAGAGGGAGGGGCAGGGCUCUACCUGGGAGAGCUGAGGGUGAUGAUGAGGAGGCUGCUGAAGGAUGAAGAUAUCCACAACACGGUCAGGCUGGUCAGCAGAGCUCCUCAUCCUCCCGGCUCCUCUGAGGGAACAGCUCUGGCCUCUGAGAUCUUCGGUCGCCUCAGGAAGCUGCAGAUGGAUCACACCUGGACCGAGUCUCUUUACGCCACGCUGCAGUUCCCUGACAGGUCACAGAGGAGUUCUCUGCGUCUGCUGGACUCUGGAGGUUUGACCUUAGAACUGAUUCCUCUCAACCCGCUGGACUUUUGUCCGUACAGCGCCACAGGAAGUACCACGGGGGGCGUGGUCUACGCCAACUAUGGCCGCCCGGAGGAUUUUAAUUGGCUGAAGAGUGCAGGCGUGUCGGCGGUCGGCUGUGUGGUGGUGAUGCGCGUCGGGGGCGGAGUCAGUUUUGCUGAGAAGGUGUGGUUGGCCGAGAGGAAUGGGGCGGGCGGAGCUCUGAUCUACCCCGACCCCGCCGACCUGCCCCAGGACCCCCGCCGCCUCGGGCUGAACACACACACAGCCGUGUCUGAACAUGUCCACCUGGGGUCAGGUGACCCCUUCACCCCCGGCUUCCCCUCUUUCAAUCAGACCCAGUUCCCGCCCAUCCAGUCGUCCGGUCUGCCGCUCAUCCCAGUCCUGCCCAUCACCGCCACUGUGGCUGCCAAGCUGCUCAGCCAGCUGAUGGGGCCGUCCUGUCCUCCAUCGUGGCGAGGCCGGCUGCCCUACGUUCGCUGUGUGGUCGGUCCAGACUUCAGCUCCGGACGCAGAGUCCAGAUGUCGGUCCACAACGUGAUGACGCCGGUCCUCCUCAACAACAUCUUCUCCUCCCUGGAGGGCCGGGUGGAGCCAGACCAGUACAUCAUCCUGGGAGCCCAGAGGGACUCGCUGGGUCCAGGAGCCGUGAAGUCUGGAGUUGGAACAGCGAUCCUCCUGGAACUGGCCCGAACCUUCUCAGCCAUGGUGAAGAACGGUUUCAGGCCCAGAAGGAGUCUACUGUUUGUGAGCUGGGACGCUGGAGACUUUGGAAACGUUGGAGCGACCGAAUGGCUCGAGGGUUACCUGUCCAUGCUGCAUCUGAAGGCUGUGGCCUACUUCAGUCUGGACCAGUGCAUCAUGGGUGAUGACGUCCUGUCGGCCUACACCAGUCCUCUGCUGGUUGAUGUGUUGGAUGCUGCCAUUAGACAGGUGGAGCAUCCUAAACAUGGGGGUCAGACCAUCUUCAGCCAGGCUGAGAGAGACGGAGGCAGCUGGAGGAUUCUGAAGCCUCUCUACCUGAACAGUGGAGCCUACAGCUUCACGGCCUUCGCAGGAGUCCCAGCCAUGGAGCUCAGAUUCACCGAGGACCGAGCGUACCCGUUUGUCAACACGCCGCUGGACUCCGCCUCCCGCCUCCAGGAAGUGCUGGGGGGUCGUCUGGGGGUGACGGGGCGGAGCCUUGGGGAGCUGGUCGGGGAGAUGGUGCUGCGAUUGGUCCACGACCACAUCCUGCCCCUACGCAUCACUUCCUACGCCCAGACAGUACUGCAGUUCAGCGCUCAGCUCAACAGACACUCAGCAGAGCUACAGUCCAGAGGUUUGUCCCCUCAGUGGGUCUUCAGUGCCAGAGGAGACUACAGCCGAGCAGCAGAGACACUUCAGAGAGGAAUCGACUACAGCGACCUGCACGAUCCGAUCACCGCACGCUCCUACAACACCCGUAUCAUGAAGGUGGAGUACUACUUCCUGUCCCAGUACGUGUCUGCUGUGGAGACGCCGUUCCGUCAUGUGAUCCAUGGCCGAGGCGACCACACUCUGAGCGCGCUCAGUGAUCACCUGACCCUGCUGACCUCUGACCCCGGACGCUUCGAGGAGAAACGCUUCAGACGUCAGCUAGCGUUGUUCACCUGGACGCUACAGGGGGCGGCUAACGCUCUGAACGGAGACGUGUGGAGCGUGCACAACACGCACACCUACGCACACUAAGACACACAACACAUACACACUGAUACACAACACACACACACACUGAUACACAACACACAGCUGUUCUCCUGUGGAUUAUUUGUGGCUUCCAGACUCUUU